AUGGCUACGUUGGAACAGGUCGUUGCGACUCUUUUGGCAAGGCAGCAGGAAACCGCCGAGCAACAAAAGCAGCUUUUGGAGCGUCUAAUCGCGGCGACAACAAUCAACCCGACAAGGCAAAAUGAGCGGAGCUCGCCGAUAAACAGCACAACGGGAGGUACGGAAACCCUAAUGGAGACGCUGGCAAAGAGUAUACGGGAGUUUAUUUAUGACCCUGAGGAAGGUCAAACUUUCGCUAAGUGGUAUGCACGGUAUGAAUACCAUUUUGGUGUGGAGGGGACGUCAUUGGACGAUGCUACAAAAGUUCGAUUGCUUUUACGGAAGGUAUGCACGAAUAUAUUCGAUAAAUAUCGAGACUACAUUUUACCUGCUCAGCCGCGUGACAUAAGUUUUAAAGAUACCAUUGCAACGUUCAAUAAAUUGUUUGAUAAGAAAGAAUCGCAACUUAGCAUAAGGGUAAAAUGCUUACAGAAUGUACGCUUAGAAGAAGACAUUGUAAAGUACGCAGCUCGUGUUAAUAAAUUGUGCGAAAAUUUUUCACUUCGAGAGUGCACAGUUGAUAAUUUCAAGUGCCUCAUGUUCGUUCAUGGUAUUCAAUCGGUACGUGACGAAGAACUUCGCGCCAGACUUCUAAGUAUGCUCGACUCCGAAACUAAUGACAGACAAUUAACGAUAGAUUUUUUUGGGUAG